CAGGGUUGCGAGAAGCUGUGCAGGGCGCGAGCGCGAGCCCACCCACCCAUCCGGGCGGGUGAACAGCGGGACGGAGGCCAGCCGGAAAAGAGAGGCAGCAGAGCUCUCGCCCUCGCCGCGUCGGAAGAAAUUCGUUUCCCCAUCCGCGGCGACUGGCGACUAGUUUAAUCCCCCCACCCCGCCCCGGACUUCUUCCUCCUCGUCCGUCCUUCCACCGCUUCCCCUCCCACACGCGCAGGCACGCUCGCGCCUCCUCGCUCGCUCGAGGGGUGGAAAAAAGCAGGGGGAGAGAGAGAGGAGGGGCUCGGCGAGGGAAAAAAGGAAACCUAAGCGGCUUUCCGUUUCGGGAAAUUCUCGGCGCGCCUCCCGUCGCCGCCCCUCCGCGCCCGGCGCCGGUGGCCGGGCUCCCGCGCCCCCGGGGCCUCCGCGGCGCGCCAGCUCCCCCCGGGUAACGUGUGGCCCUCUUUCGCCGCUGCGAAUGUCGCUGUUUGGAUCGGGCGAGUCCUCCUAACCCCGUGGUGCGAACAGCUGCAGCCAACCGCUCGCGGGAUCGUCGCUCUCGGGAGGGUGGGCUUGUGGCCGCGGCUGAGGAUGCGCGGCGCGGGCUCGCGCCCGCCGCGAGGGUAGGUUUGGUGCGAUGGAAGGGACGACGGCGGCUGAGGUGGGCGGCGCCGGCGACGGCGCGGCCGGGGAUGUGCAGAUUAAGGGCAGCAAGGAGAAUGGGCAGCCCGCGGAGCAGCAGCAGCAUCAGCAGCCGUCGGGCAGCGAGGCGCUGGAGAUGCCCGCCACGCCCCUCCCGCGGGACAUGGACUGGUCGGAGCAUUUCUCCUUCUUCACCUCGUUGGGCGGGUUCGGAGGCAGCUCGGACGGCGCGAGGGGCCUGACAAGCGUUGGCCUCUCCAAUUCUGAGUUGAGGCCGGACAGUGUGACGCAGCGCGGUUUGGACCAUGAGGCGGAAGAGAGGGUGGAGGAGCUCACAUUGAAGAAUUGCAUAAACACUGAUGUUCAACCUGAGGUUUCGGCUGGUGGAAGCUCAAGCAGUGGGGAUAGGCCUACUGUCAUUAAGGGCCUGUGGGGUAACUUUACACGGAUGGCAUGGAGAACUAGCGAGUUGGCCAGCAGGGAGAAUGCAGCAGUGAGUUAUGGCGACAUUGCAAACCCGAGGGCUGGUGUUGCUUCGAGCAGGGAAAAUUUGGGGAUGAACCUUGCCAACAAUAUGAUCUCACGGAAUAACGACGUGUCCGGCAAGGAGAUACCCACGAGUCGAGGUGGCAAUGUGAAUAAUGAGUUUGUGAUGCCAUUUCGCAAUCAGCAGCUUCUAUUAUCUGCAAGGCCGAAUCAGAAUGAACAUCGGGCUGAAAGGGACAAUGUUAUUAGAGUAAGCAGCUUCUCAAAUAGAAUUCUUGAGCAGAUGAGGAGUAAGACAUUAACACCUCCAUCUGGGGUUCUAGGAUCACCGCUUAAUGGCAAAUCAAAAGGUAAAGGGGUUGCUCACCAAGGUGCACGGGAGGAGAUCCAAGUGCAAGCUAAUGCAAGACCUAGAGGCCGUUUGGACAAGAUUCCGACUAUUCCUACCUCAAUGUAUGAUUCUAUGACCAGAGUGGAUCCGUUGCCUUUCAGUACUGGUGCAAAUGUUUCAAAAUUUCACUGCGAUGGAACUAGCCUGAGGGAACUGAUUAAGCCUGGCCGGCAAACAUUGAGCAGGUUUGAGAAAAUGCAUUUGUUUAAGCAGAUCCUUGAUCUUGUGGAUAAGUGUCAUGCACAGGGUUAUACUUUACAACAUCUGCGACCAUCAUAUUUUACAAUUCCAUCUUCAAACCAAGUUAAGUAUAUUGGUUCUUAUACUACACAAGAUUUGCCAACAUCAAUUAGACAAGAAGUCACUAGAGAAGAUCUUGGGAAUAGAAAAAGGAGUUUUGGCCAUAAAAUUGAGCACCAAGAGUCUAACGGACAUGGAAAUUCAAUGCUGAAGUAUCAAAAGGUUGGUGAGCAAGGCUCAGUUGCUGUCAGGCGACCAACACAGACCUUUUGGACUGACCAAAGAGUCGACAAUCAAAAUGAAGAUGUCAAUCCAGGUGUUUUAGGGCAAGAAAAUUUUAAUUGCACUGUCAGAGAACGUUCUAAGUUUGUCGAACCAUAUGGCAGUUAUACAUCUUGUGCUCAACAUGUUUCUAGUUCUGGCAACCAACAAGCGGCAUUUGAAUUGAGGAAUCUAGAGGAAAGCUGGUACAUAAGCCCAGAAGAGCUCAGUCAAUUUAAAGGCACAUUCCCAUCGAACAUCUACAGCCUUGGGGUUCUUCUAUUUGAGCUCUUUUGCUGUUCUGAGACAUGGGAGGUGCACUGUGCUGCAAUGUCAAAUCUCCGCCAACGCAUCCUGCCUCCAAAUUUUCUUUCAGAAAGUCCUAAGGAGGCUGGCUUCUGCCUUUGGUUACUGCACCCAGAUCCUUGUUCGAGACCAAAAGCAAGAGACAUUCUUGGAUGUGACUUGAUAAAUGAGGGUCGGGAUUUGUCCUUGUUAGAUCAGUCGCCGGUUUCCAUAAGUGAAGAUGACACUGAAUCUAGUUUGCUACUUAAUUUCCUUUCUCAACUGAAAGAAGAAAAGGAGAUGCAGGCUGCUAAGUUAUCCGCAGAUCUUGGAAGCUUACAAACAGACAUCACAGAGGUUGAGAGAAGACACUCAGCAAGAAUGGGAUUUAGUUUAGAGGACACAGAUGUACUGGCAACUUCUAGUGCUUUGUCAGGAGCUUCUGUGAGUGCCCCUCAAGGUGCGUUGCUGUCAGGUUUGCUACCAUCAUUGUGUAAGUCAAGCAUAUAUGAGGAGAGGGUAAUGAGGAAUUUGGAGCAGCUUGAAAAUGCUUAUUACUCCAUGAGAUCUACUGUGGACACCUGUGAAACUAAUGCAAUCAAACGUCCAGAUAACGAGGCUUUGAGGGUCCGCGAAAAUUUCCAUCAACUUCACAGUGAUUCUGGUGCUACGGAUGAGCAAACGGACCGCCUUGGAUGCUUUUUUGAUGGUUUAUGCAAAUAUGCCCGGCACAGUAGGUUUGAGGUACGAGGAAUUUUGAAGAAUGCAGAUAUACUUAACUCUCCGAAUGUCAUCUGUUCAUUGAGUUUCGAUAGGGAUGAAGAAUAUUUUGCUGCUGCUGGAGUUUCAAAGAAAAUAAAAAUAUUUGAAUUCGAUGCACUCCUAAAUGAUCGUGUUGAUAUUCAUUACCCGUUGAUAGAGAUGCCUAGCAAGUCAAAGCUUAGCUGUGUCUGUUGGAACAACUAUAUAAAGAACUACCUGGCAUCAACAGACUAUGAUGGCACUGUUCAGUUAUGGGAUGCCAGCUCUGGUCAAGGAUUCACGCAGUUUACAGAGCAUCGGAAAAGAGCUUGGUCUGUGAGUUUUUCUGAAGUGGACCCUACUAAGUUGGCAAGUGGUAGUGACGAUUGUUGCGUGAAAGUAUGGAGUAUUAACCAGAAAAAUUGCAUUGAUACAAUCAGAAAUGUGGCCAAUGUAUGCUGUGUUCAAUUCUCUCCAUACUCCUCCCGCAUGCUAGCUUUUGGUUCAGCUGAUUACAAGAUAUACUGUUAUGAUCUGAGGAACACAAGGAUCCCUUGGUGUACUAUUUCGGGACAUGGGAAAGCUGUCAGUUACGUAAGGUUCUUGGAUCCAGAAACACUUAUCUCUGCAUCAACGGACAACACAUUGAAGAUAUGGGAUCUUAACCGGACUAAUUGCAGUGGAUUGUCUGCUGAUUCUUGCAGCCUGACACUGAGUGGUCAUACCAACGAGAAGAAUUUUGUAGGGUUAUCUGUUCAUGAUGGAUACAUAACAUGUGGCUCCGAAACCAAUGAAGUAUUUUCAUACUACAAAACCUUCCCUAUGCCAAUAACUUCUCAUAAAUUUGGUUCUAUUGACCCGAUAACUGGACAAGUGACAAAUGAAGACAACCAGCAAUUUGUGUCCAGUGUAUGCUGGAGAGGGAAGUCAAACAUGGUAGUGGCUGCCAACUCUAGUGGCAACAUCAAAGUGCUUGAGCUUGUGUGAAAGAUCCGAUGAGAGUUGUACUGAAGGAAAAAAAAGGUUUUAGGGUUGCCAUGCAGGCCCCUGAUGCUUAUAUGCUCUUGGUGAUGCUGUUUCUCUGAUGGCCGUGCAUAGUGAGUCCUCAAUGCAGAACACUAAUCAUCAGUCACCCCUUCCAGCCUGGUCUCAUUGUGUCACCAGAGCAGCAAAGAUGCAAGUGCACCAUUCAAGUAACCUACAACGCCAGGUAUUAGUUUUGGAUGUUUUGCUUGAGACUUCCAAGCAAACUGAACAAAAUUUGCAAGAGUAUGACAGGCCUCAACCGGAAGGCGAACUGUCAGCAUCUGUUUAUUGUGUUUGUAAAUUUGUGCGCCGUUACUAUUCAUCAUCUUGAGGGCCUAAGGGUCUGUACAGAAUUAGGUGCCCUAGGGCCGAUGAAGUAUAUCCGAGACAGGAUGUUCUUUCGGGCUAGAGGCUGACGUGAUAAUACAUGUACUAGAUCAGUAUCUCAUGGUAAUUAACUCAGUUUUGAUGUGCGCUGGCUGGACUAUAUAUGAUGGUUAGAGCAAACAAUUAGAGCAAAACAGGGUUAUCUAGUAGCUUGAAGAAGUUGAUCGUGCAAUGUGUAUGUUGUAAGGAGGAUGUGUCUCCCGUUCAUUAUUGUACAUAUAUUUAGGACUGCCUACUGAAAGGCCUUGUAACUAGAGUAGAAUGCUCAAAAUACAGAGUCAUCUGUUGAGUGUAAUCAAAGUUAAUGGUAUUCCCAACAAGAUGAAGCAGAUCUUUUUACCUGUAUA